CAAACAAUGAAUGAAUUAAAUCACAGAUACUUCUCUCCUGUUCUUUACUCCAUAUCUCCCAUCCCAAGGUGGAAACAUGUGAAUAGUAAAACAAACCCAAUAUUAUUACCUCAAUCCCCCAUUUAAUAAUUUAAUACUAUAAUUUACUACUAACCCCCCUAUAAGCGCCUACAUUAGUCAAAACAAAUUCAAAUCCAACAAAUGUACAGUAUACUCAUAGCCAGUAGCUACAUCACUUAAAGCUGCAAAUAACACCUCAAAAAUCACCCCAUCUUUGUUCAAACUCAAAACAAGCCUUCUUCUUCUUCCUCAUCAACUGUGUGUCCAACUUCUUGUUGCAAAAGUAGCAACUUCUUGUUGCAAAACUAGCCACUUUGAUCAUUCUUGAAGCUGUUUUCUCCAUGCAAAAAAAAUAAAAAUGGAAUCUUUAUCAUUCUUGAGAUUAAAGAUUGAAUCUUUACAGCUUUACAUUAUGAAUCUUUCAAAGCUUUUAGCAAUUGUUAUUCUUUGUUUCUUCACAUUUGCUAUCUCUCCUAUUUUUGCACUGAAUUCAGAUGGACUUUCAUUAUUAGCUUUAAAAUCAGCUAUUUCUUCUGACCCAACUGAAUUUCUUGCAUCUUGGUCUGAAUCAGACUCAUCACCAUGCCAUUGGAAUGGAAUCAAAUGUGAUGAUCAAAACCAAAAAGUCAUCUCCAUUUCACUCUCAGCCAAGAAUCUUACUGGCUAUAUCCCUUCUGAAAUUGGUGCACUUUCAAAUCUCUCAGUUCUCUCUCUUUCUUAUAACAACUUCUCUAAACCAAUCCCAAUUCAUCUCUUUAAUGCUACUUCACUUCACUCACUUGAUCUUUCACACAAUGCCUUCACUGGUUUUUUGCCUCAGCAAAUUACUUCACUUAUUAACCUUAAUCACCUUGAUCUUUCUGCUAAUUUUCUUAAUGGUUCACUUCCUGAGGAGCUAACUGAGCUUACUCAGCUCACUGGGACUUUGAAUCUUUCGUAUAACAGAUUUUCCGGCGAAGUUCCGGUGAGUUAUGGUAAGUUUCCGGUGACGUUGAGUUUGGACUUGAGGCAUAAUAAUUUGACUGGUAAAAUACCUUCAGUUGGGUCAUUGUUAAAUCAAGGGCCUACUGCAUUUUCAGGGAACCCUUUACUUUGUGGGUUUCCAUUGGAGACACCAUGUGCAGAGCCAGAAGCUCAAAAACCUAGUGUUUUGCCAAAUCUUGAAAACCCUAAAGAUUUAGGGUUUGUAGAAAAGGACAAAUCUGGAAAUGGGUCGGUGGCGGUUUCUUUAAUCUCCGGCGUAUCGGUGGUGAUCGGAGUAGUGUUUGUUUCAGUGUGGGUGUUGAGGAAAAAAUGGAAGUUGGAUGAGGGCAAAAUGGGAAAAGAAAAGUUUGAUAAGGAGAAGUCACAGUCACAGGAGGUGGUUGGGGUUGGGAAUGGGGGGAAUGAGGAGGGGCAAAAGGGUAAAUAUGUAGUGUUUGAUGAAGGGUUUGGGUUGGAGUUGGAGGAUUUGUUAAGGGCAUCAGCUUAUGUGGUGGGGAAGAGUAGGAGUGGGAUAGUUUAUAAAGUGGUGGUGGGUGGCGGCAGGGGAUCAGCGGUAGGCGGUGGCGCUGCGGUGGUUGCUGUUCGGAGAUUGAGCGAGGGGGAUGCCACGUGGCGGUUCAAGGACUUUGAGACGGAGGUUGAAGCCAUUGGGAAAGUACAACAUCCAAAUGUGGUGAGGCUUAGGGCUUAUUACUAUGCAAGUGAUGAGAAAUUGCUGGUUACUGAUUUCAUCCGCAAUGGCAGCUUGCACAAUGCUUUACAUGGAGGACCUGGUAAUUCCCUGCCACCAUUGUCCUGGGCAGCUAGACUGAAGAUAGCUCAAGGCACAGCUCGGGGUCUAAUGCACAUUCACGAGUGUAGUCCUCGGAAGUAUGUUCAUGGGAACAUAAAAUCAUCGAAAAUCCUUCUUGACGAUGAUUUGCAAGCUUACAUAUCCGGUUUUGGGUUGACUCGUCUUAUUUCAGGCUCGUCGAAGCUCGUUAAUNNGCUGAGAAAAUCGGANCUUGCGCCUGCGAUUGAUGGAAAUGUCGGGAUGCUUGGAACAACGAAGGAACCUCCAAGCGCCAUUCCCGGAUUCCCGGAGUUAUUCCCUAGAUCUGGAGGUGGUACUAUUGUCCCCUUCAGCCACCCAAACACUCCUUUGGGGCAACCUACCAUAACUGCUCACUUCCUAGGAAUAUCUUCUGAGGUGCGCCCCCAGGUGUUCCCAUCUGGAGCUGCUCCCAAUAUCUUCACUGCUCCACCAUGCUCCGCCACCACACAACCAUCACUACCCAAGCACGCUUUCGAUCCCUCGCUGAACACUCCAGGGCUUUUAGUUAACUGUGGUCACUUUUUGAUCGAGUUCAAAGGGCUGGGGAUUAGUUAA